CUUUUGCCCAUUUUCUGUUUUGUCCUCCACCCACAUUCCCUUUUGCCCUGCAACUCCACGUUCAUAAAGCCUGCCACAGAACACGAGUGAACCCCACAACGCAUUGUUUGAAAAACCACCACCUCUCUUUGCUUCGUUCCCCUCUCCACUCGGCUUGGUCAUCUUUUCCAUGGCCCCCUUACCUCCAUGCAAUCCGCUUGAUUUGCUUUUAGCAACUAUUUCAACAGGCAUCUCUCUUUCUUUGAGUAUUCAACAAAAAGUUUGUGAGAGUUGGGUACUUUGGAGGAUCUCCUCUCACUCACAAUGAUAGCCGUUUCUUUAUAUAAACAAGCCUUGUAUGUUGCUUUCAACUGGGUAUUCUAGAGAGAGAGAGAGAGAGAGAGGCCAUUUCAGUGUUUUAUGAUAGUCUUGAAGGAAAUUAAGAAGCCAAGCUAGCUUUCACUCGGUAAACCCAUCUGAAAUAUUUUGGUUCUCUCAUAUCAGUGCGAUCCUCCAGUAUCUACCGUAUACAGUCCCAGUCUGUUCUAGCCUAUGCAUCGUCUCAACCAGUAGAGAUGCUAGUUCCUCAUAAGGUAUGUUCCCAAAUGAGCACGCUUUUGCUGGUUUUCUCACUGCCAUUGUUCGCCGGCUCCUCUCAAGAACGAAAUGUAGGAAGUCAUACGAACAGCAACAUUGAUGCUCAUAAGGUGAGCUCUCGGUUGUUGUUCGAAAUCACGCUGCACGGAUUCCUCCUCUGGGUUUCAUUAGGGUUGCUGAUGCCUCUAGGAGUUCUGGUCAUUAGAAUGUCAAAAGGAGAGGAAUCCGGAAGAAAGCUCAAGAUUUAUUUUCGUGCUCAUGCUAUUCUGCAGGUGCUCUCAGUGCUCCUUGCCACAGCAGGAGCUAUCAUGUCAAUCAAGAACUUCAGCAAUUCGUUUAACAACCAUCACCAAAGAAUUGGUUUAGUAUUAUAUGGGAUGAUAUGGCUGCAAGCUCUGGCCGGUUUUCUGCGGCCGCUAAGAAGAUCCAAAGGAAGAUUUCCAUGGUUUUUCGGUCACUGGGCACUUGGAACCACAGUUUCACUACUGGGAGUGAUCAACAUAUACUCAGGUUUACUAGCUUACAGCGAAAAGACAUCGAGAAGUAUAAGGCUCUGGGUGAUCCUUUUCACUGUUGAGGUCUCUUUCUUUUCAUUCUUCUACCUGCUGCAAGACAAGUUGGAGUACAUACAAAAGCAGGGAGUAGUUUUGGGCAAUGAACCUACAAGACCAAUUGACCAGACAGCCUCACACAAUGUCAAGGAAGAGUCGUUGAUUGAGUCUGGUUGAGAUUUUAUAUUGCUCAACGCGGUGCUAUUAACAUUCAAAUUGAUUUUUUUUUUUUAUCCGCGUUUUAUACUCCACUAUUCACGCACUUCCAAAUUACGGCAUCGGGAAUGUGUAAGGCAUAGGAUAGAGAAGCGACAGAUUAGCUGUGCAAAGUUUAUUAAGAGGAACUACACUGACUUCCCUUCUGCAGUUGAGAUUGGAUGUGCAGAUUAUUUUCCAAUGAAACUGAAAGGUUUGAGUGCCUCUUUUAUUUUA